AUGGAUAAAAUGUUGAAUUUAUCUGAAAAAGAUUCAGCUUCUGUGACAGCCCUGCAGCAGACGAAGAAUAAAUGUUGGAACAUUUCAUUUCAGACUGGCCUUGUUAGAAAGUCAAUUAGAAUUAAUUUGGACAGCAAUGGAGAACUUUCAAUGGAAAAUCUCAAAAGAGCUGCAUGUGUUUUCAUUGAUGAGAACUUUCCAGAACAUGGCUUCUGCAACUUAACAGACAAGAUCUUGCUAUUCAAACAUGAUCUUUCUGAUAUCAAUAUCCUCAAAAUGAUUAACAAUGUUUCAGAUUUAGUAGAAAAAGCCCUCAUUGAAGUUGUGUUGUCAGGUUAG